GGCCCAGGGAGUGGCAUGGCUCUGCUGUGAGGCAUCUGCACCGAGUGAGGCAACUGCAUAUAUGCACCAUGCGUUGGGGUGUCACUGUGUGCUGAAAUGCUGCCGCUAGCAGAUCAGUUCUUCAUCAGGGUAUGGAGCAGAAGCCACCUUUGCACUUGACAGCUGAAAGGAGGCUGACGACACAACAAUGCAGCCCCCAUUUCAGAAUGAUGAUCUCGACCUGGAAGCAGCCAUAGCAAGCGCCCGCCCCCAGCUAGUGGAGUUCCUCAGUCACCGUCCCGACUGGCUGCUCAUGACCUCCCGGCGCUUCCUCCCAGGGGUGGCCCUGAGCGGCCUGGAUGGCAUUGCCGACCACAAAGAAAAAGUCUCGGCGCUCCUUGACCUGCUGGAGAAGGCUGGCCCUGCCACCUGGAAACAGUUUGCACAGUACCUCUGCAUGGAGUGCGACCUCCCCAUGCAUCUGGAGAUACUGCUCAUAAGUUCUGCGGGAGAAGGUAACUUAAGCCAGAAACAAGAGGCAUGCACAGAUGAGAGCGCCCAGUCGUCUGUGCCAAAAGGGUUAGCUCAACGUCGCCGUCGCAGCACCUCUGUGAGUGAUAAGGAUGUUAAGCAGCAACGACUAGAUUCACCUGAAAAGUACCGGCAUCUCCUCAUUGAUUCUAUCCGCCAGAGAUACGGAAGCAGGAGAGCAGCAGGAGCAGCAGCACAGGAUCAAACGCAGCCACUGGCCUUCAACCAAGCCUUUGUCAACCUUGUCAUUCGGCAGAGCAAAGCCUCCCGCUUAAAAGAGAGAACGGAUAAACCCCGAGAGGAUGUGGCAGGUGCUCCUGAAGCAGAAGAAUGUGUGGAUACAGCCGUGAAAGUGUCAGAUCUGUUUUGUAGUGUGGUCCCAUCGGGCACGACGAAGGUGAUCUUCUUGUUUGGUAAACCAGGUACAGGCAAGACCAUGCUAAUGCACAGGAUUUGUCAGAAAUGGGCAGAAGGUGUCCUACCUCAGUUUCUCUUCACUUUCCUGUUUGAGUUUCGGCAGCUGAAUUUAUUAAAAAGAAAAUUGACUCUGAAGGAGCUUUUGUUUGACCUGUUCCUUCAGCCAGAAGACAGCCCUGAUGCAGUGUUCCAGUACCUCCUGGAAAAUGCCUGGCGUACGCUGAUCAUCUUUGAUGGGCUGGAUGAGUUUGCAGCUAACAUGGACAUGUCAGCCUCUUCUAAGGGAGGCCCAACUCUUACCUCCCGUAUGUCCAUAUCUGAGCUCUUUUUAGACCUCUGUCAUGGGAAACUCCUGCCUGGUUGCACAGUGUUGGUCACCAGCCGGCCUAAGAGACUACCUGACUUCUUAUUAAACACAGUAGAUCUGCUAGCAGAAAUUUGGGGAUUUGACCAUGAGAAGGUUGAGGAAUACGUCAGCCACUAUUUUCAUCAGCAUUCAUUCAAAGAACAAGCCAUUGCUCACCUGAAGAACAACACCAAGCUCCUCAGCAUGUGCCUCAUCCCUGCUCUGUGUUAUGUUGUGUGCAUCUGUUUGGAGUAUUUGCUCCUUAAACAUCAGAUGAGUGUGGAGCUUCCUCAGACCAUGACACAGUUUUAUAUCAAAAUGCUUCUCAUCUUCAUAAACAAACAGCAGGGAGAGCACGCAGGUGGCGAGGAGACUCAGCUGAACUGUAACAGGAAGGCCAUUUUGGGUCUGUGUGAUCUUGCACUGAAAGGCCUGGAAGAUAAGAAGCUUGUAUUUUAUGUUGGUGAUAUUCCAGAGCACGUGAAGGAAUUUGCUUCCUUACAUGGAUUGCUGACUGUCUUUGAGGUGAAGACGAGUGGCACUUGCCCAGAGGCUGGCUAUGCCUUUGUGCACUUGAGCUUGCAGGAGUUUUUUGCAGCACUGUGUCUUAUGGUAAGUAAGAAGGUGGACAAGAACUACCUGAAGAAGAAGUUCUCUUUGAAGUCAAAGUGGACUUUAAAGAAUGAGGCGAAGACCGAGUUCAUGGAGAGUUUUCACAUCUUUCUCUCAGGCUUGUCGUCAAAAGAAUGUAGGACGUUUCUCAUGCUGCUAGCUGAACAAGAUGAAGCUUGGGUGCAGGAUAAGCAGGAGGCAAUCCUGCUGUCUCUCAAGAAACUGGCAGCCACUCAUCUGACAGGGCCUAAGGUCAUUGAGCUCUGCCAUUGCACAUUUGAAACGCAAGACCUCGAAGUAACCCAGCAUAUUGGGAGCCUGCUGAAUUUCAAAUACGAGUUUAAAAACUUUAGACUGACACCUCUGGACAUGUCAGCUUUGGUUUUUGUCAUAAACUCGGGCCACGAUUUGGCUCAUUUGGAUUUUGCAGGAUGUCCCAUGGACAAUGACUGUUUGGAGAUUCUGGCCGGCUGUAAAAAUGUAGAGCGCUUGAGCUUUCGUAGCAGGAGAUGUGGCGAUGACUUUGCUGCUGCUCUUUCAAAGAGCUUACGAGGAAUGGGGAGCCUGAAGAAACUAGAGUUGACAGGCGGAAGCAUCACAGCUGAGGGGAUGACUGACUUGGUCCAGGCUUCAUCACAGUGCCUCCAGCUUGAGGAAAUAAACUUGCAGGACAAUCGGAUACGGGAUCUGGAGGUGAAGAGGGUGAUGGACCUGUUUUCCAGAAUGGAAAAGCUGAAGAAAAUAGAUCUGAGCAACAACGAUCUUUCCUUGAAUGCUGUUCUCCUUUUGGCAAAGGAAGUCAUCGCGUGUCAAAAUGCUACUGAACUGUGUGUCAGGAAGGACACCGUGAUUAUAUAUUUUUCUGGCCUGUCUGGGAAAGUUCCAAGAUCUUUGGAUUUGAGGUGUGACGAGAAUAAGGAACAUGUAACUCCAACUAGAUUUGUGAAGUUAUGCUUGCAAGAUCGCAGCCUGUCUUCCCAACAUGCAAAGGAGAUCGUUGCCAUUCUCCAGAGCUGUCCCUGUCUCUCCGAAGUGGAUUUAUCAGGUAACAAGCUUGGAGAUGAAGGCUGCGGUCGCCUGCUGGAAAACCUCCCUUGGAUAUCAAUUUCAAAGCAGCUGGAUCUCAGUCAAAACUGCCUCUCUGUUAAUGGCAUUUGCAGUCUGUUGAAGUCAAUAAAUACCUGCCAGAAGAUGAUGGAGGUACAAGUCAGCCUUUGUCGGGAGACUGCAGUCCUGAAGUUUGCAGAAGACAGAGAGUUUGCUUCCCUUCCUCCUAGGGAAGAGCCUGUGUUCUCUACUGGUGACCAACAAUAUGGAGAGGAAAACCAGACACCUACUGCCCCCCGAAAAAUAAGACUGACAGACAGUCGUUUUCAAGCCAGUGACCUGGAGAAGCUGUGUGCAGUCCUGAAGGAAUGUAGCAGCAUCUCCGAGCUGGACCUAUCAAAUAAUUAUCUGGGAGACGAGGGACUUCUGCAGCUGUUUCAGUUCCUCCCGAAUUUGAAAAUGUUAAGUUCUCUCAAGCUUAAUGACAACCAGAUCUCCCUGAACUCUGUGUUUUUCUUAGCUCAGUCCUUAUCUACAUUGGAACACAUUAAAACAAUGAACCUCAGCUUAGGACACACGCAGGUGGUUCAUCUAACCUUUUGGGAAAGAAUCAGGGUCAGAAGUACCAGCAGAUGGAGAAGCAGUUUCCUGGCGCAUCCCAAGCAUGAAGCAAAAGGACGGUGCUUUCGUCUCAGGGACUGCAGAGUGGGUCCAGAGGACGUGACCAGGCUGUGCCAGAUACUGGCUCAAUGUCCCCAGCUGACAGAAAUUGAUCUGUCUGGAAAUUCAUUGAGUGACCAGAGCAUUGAGAGAUUACUGAGCUUCCUGCCACACUUCUGUCAUCUGACACUACUGAGUGUUAGGAAUAACACAUUUUCCCCACGUUGCACUGUCUUACUCAUCAACUCCAUCAACCUCUGUGAGCGGAUCAGAAUGGUAGAAGUCCGGUCAAGUGAAAAUGCUUUUUUGCAUUUAGGAGCACGCGUGCAAAGCCAAAGGACAUCCUGCAGGCUGACGGACUGUGCCAUCGGUCAAGGGCAGAUAGAUGAGCUCUGCAGAGUCCUGGAGCAGCACGGGUCUGCAGAAGUAGACCUCUCCAGGAAUCAGCUGAGAGAUGAAGGCCUGAGGUGCCUCUUGGACCACUUGUGUCGAGUGCCCGUUACCUGUUCCCUCAAUCUCAGCCAUAAUCGGAUUUCUCAGGAUGGAGUUCUGCAUCUCAUAAAUGCCUUUGCCACAUCUGGAAAUACUACUGAAGUUCAAGUCAGUUUGUGCUCCAAAGCAACUUUAAUCAUCAAGUUGACAAGCAGAGAUGACCCGAGAAAGAUUUUGAGACUCGCAGAGUGCAACUUUCAGCCAGAGCACUUGGAAAAGUUGUGCUUGCUCCUGGAAAAGUGCACUGGUCUGACAGAGUACAUAUCUUCAAAUAACAACGUGACCGUCCAAGCUGCAGAAAGACUUUUGCAUUCACUGAGGAAAAAUCUGGGUCCCCUGAAAAUCAGCAUAGAAGAGCCAUGGGUAUGUAAAGAAAGCGUCACAAACCUUCUUGAGCUAGCUGUCCGGGCCUGUGGAAACAUUACUGAGAUCACGAUAUGUAAAGAUAAAACCCUCUUCCAAUUAGGCGUAAGGUUCCCACACUGCCUGGAGAAGGUGGAAUCAGUCGUUAGCAGAUUGAAUCUGUACAAGCCAGAAAUCAAGCAUGCUUGCUUCUAUCAAAGGGUUUGUGAAAAAUGUGCUCAGCUUCAGGAAUUGAGAUGGUCUCAUGUUGAGCUCCACAACGAUGAAGCAGAAAUGCUAGUCAGGAUUUUGCUACCUCUUCCAGAGCUGAAGAAAUUUGGGCUGACCUCUAGCAGUAUUAUGCCAACUGGAAUUGAUUACUUGAUCACGGGCUUGCAGAAUUGCCAGGCCAUUGAAGAGCUCAACCUGGGCUACAUGAAACUCAGCAGUGCUGACAUUCCUAAGCUUGUGCUGGGACUUCGUGAAAUGCCGUCUCUGAAAAGGCUUAUCUUGAACCAUAACAGUAUUGGUAACGAUGGCUGCUCCAGACUUGCAGAAGCCUUGAGGAAUAUGCGCUACAUAGAGGAAAUCAAUUUAAGCCACAACAAGAUCGGAGAUCCAGGCCUGAUAAAUCUAGCUGCUGUCCUGCUGGAAAUGCAAAACCUGAAGAGAAUCGACCUUUCAGGGAACAGCCCUAGUCCUGCUGGAGGGGAAAAGCUGAUGGAAGCUCUUGCCUAUUGCAAGUGCAUCGAGGAGUUACUACUGUCAAGGAACGUUUUUGGAGACAGGACGGCAGUGAAACUUGCCCUCUGUCUGCCUCACAUGACCAGCCUCAGGAUCCUGCACUUGCAGAACAAUAACAUUGGGCCAGCAGGAGGGAUGGAGCUGGCCAGAGCCCUGGUGGCGUGUGGGCUGCUAGAAGAGAUAAGUUUAUCAGAAAAUGACCUUGGGGAAGGAAGUAUCCAUGCCCUGUCCAAGGGGCUGCCAUGCUUUAAACACCUCCGGAAGAUCGACUUGAAACUCUGUGGAAUCACUGAUGAUGCUUCAAAAUCACUUUCUCACGGCUUCCGACAAUGCCCUUCCAUGGAGGAGAUAAUACUGUCUUGGAACACCCUUGGUGACGGAGGAGCCGGAGAGAUGGCCACUGCUCUCCCAGGGAUGGAAAAGCUGAAGGUGUUAGAUCUGGAGAAAAAUCGCAUUGGUGCCUGCGGAGCCACGAAGCUAGCAGAGGAACUUGCCAAGUGCCCGGAAAUUCAGUUCGUAAGGCUGUGGGACAAUCCAGUGCCCAAGGGCCUCGCUGAGAAUUUGACAAGCCAAGACCCAAGACUGUGUUUCUCCUUCUACUAGCAAAGAAGAGCCCUUGCCUGAUGAGGAAUUGUUCUCCGUCUCCCACUGCCCUCAAAAAUUGCACUGAAGAACCAAGGAAAUCAAAGUUCCUACAAUUAAAAACUGUAACUAUUAGGUCUUCCUUCGUUGCACUGAACCAAGUGUGAACACUUAGUGGUGUUUUGUUUCUUGUGAGCUUUUAUUGUACAGAAAAGCAAAAGACUGUAAAGAAUCGCUGCUGAGCAGGCCAUGUUCCUGGUGUAAAAACAUUGAAACUCUCUUCAAGAGGAUGAGAUGCAUCUGCUCAGGCAUUCAGAAAGCCGGCGGAGUAUUUCAUUAUCUUUAAUCAAGAUUACAACACCUACAGGGUGUUCCAAGAAAAGAAUGUACGUCCUCCAGGAGAGGAUAUAAAAUUAUUUACAAAAUUGUAAACUGUUGACCCUGUUACAAAUGCACUUCAACAGGCUGUUUGAAAAUUGUAUAUAACUAUGUGUGAAAUACCUCUGUGGUUUUUAGGCAAAAAAAGGUAAUAUGUGGUUUUGUUUGCUUCAUAGCAGGCUCCUUUUCAUACAGAAUUGCCUCAGUUUCCUGGUAGAAACUUCAGGACUUCUGAAAUUUCAAAUCAUUGCCCCCAAAUGAUCAAUAUUUAUACUGUGAUAACACAGAAAGGCUGAUGUCACCAUAAACUUCGGUGAGUACCUUAAAGUACUGAGGUUGUAAAACAAUUUGUAAGAAAACUGUGACCAUUCUGUGUGAGAGGAUGAGCGCUACUGACUAUUUUCACGUGGGGUUUUGUAGACCUUUGUGGCGUUUUUGGAAGACUCGAUUGCACUAAUCUCUUUGAGGUGAAGCGAGGGGUCAGUUAGCUUGAAACAUUGACCACAUGAUAGAUCCUUCAAGCCGCUGCUGUCCCCUGAAUCCCAAAGCCUACGUGUCACUGGGCAAUGGAUGUUGGACCUGUGGGAACUGGAGGGAGAAGAUCCCAAACACUGAGUUUGCUGCUCAGCAGAGGAGACGGACUAGAGCUGCCCCUUGCACGUGUGGAACACCAGCUUGUGUUGCAGGAGCGUGCCCACGUCGUUCUCAUUAUUUAUUAACUUGUGUUAUAAUGUUUUCCUUAAGUGUUUGAGCUGUAAAUAUUUAAUCCUUGUGGUGGAUUUAUUUAUGGAAUGUUGUUUACAGCAGUGUUUGC